AACGCAGACGCAGACGCAUUCGCCGCGAUCAUCGCCCGGUGUGUUUACUGUUUACCGUUGCGCAGUGCAAAACUAUUUACUAUAUUCUUGUGGGUGUCUCCUCAACCCACCCCCAAAAGACACUUUAAACUGUUGUUUAUGUUGCGUGCUUUGUGUUGUGUGUUGUGUGUACCAUAAUCGGAUGACACGUGCCUGAAAUACAUAUUUCCCCAUCGACAUUCAUAUAAAAUUGGGAUUACCUCGGCUUUGUUUGGCGAUACCAAAACAACAAUAAUAACGGCGGAAUGUCCUUUCAACGCAGCUACAGCAAGGUCUGGUGGGGCUCCGAUAGCCAACAGUUGGGCAGCAGCUUCACAAGCGGCGGCUUCUACUCGCAUUACAAUAAUAUCUUCCAGCAGCAACCACAGCAGCAUCAGCAUCAGCAUCAACAUCAACCACAGCAGCCCGCAUCGCUGGACAGCGCUUUGCAGCGGCAUCUGGGCCAUUCGGGCAAUUUGUCCAGCAUACAGGAGGUGGACGAUGAGCAGAACAGCUCCAAGCUGUCCUGGCAUAAGCACGACAGUCCCGGCAGCCUGCGCAGUCAGGAUUCGGGCUUCUCGGACAACGAGGACCAGCAUCAACAGCAGCAGCAGCAGCAGCAGCAGCAUCAACAGCAGCAGCAGCAGCAGCAGCAGCAGCACAAUAGCCCAACAGCAACCGCUGUGAUUGCCACGCCUAGCGGCUCGCCCACAUCGUUACAAUCGGUUGCAACACCGCCCACUGUCAUCCGUCGCGUGGGCAAAUCGCGCUUUUACUCGCCGCUGGUCAGCGUCACACGUCGCAUAUCCUUUAGUGGCAUGCAACAGCAGCCUGAUGUGGAGCAUGAGCCUCACGAUAGCGUUGCUGAUGAUGACAAUGGCGAGUUGGAUGCCAGUCGCAGUCGCCUCUUUGAGCAAAUCGAUAGCCUGCAGCUCGAUGACGAUAAGGAUAUGAUUGAACAGAGUCCUGCAACACCACCGCGACCCGCUGUGCGGCGUCGCAAGCGUUUAGCGCGCCUCAAAACAGCCAAACUGGAACAAGAAGAGCUGCUGGUAAGCGAUGUUGAGACGCCACCGCCACCCUACAACAAUGAAACCGUUUAUCUGGGCGAGGCGCCGCCACCCUACAACAAUGAAACGGUUACCUUCGGCGGGCAGGAACUGGAGCCGGAGCAGGAACAGGAGCAGGAGCAGGAUCACGAGGAUACACUCAAAUUUGAGGCACUCUCCCCGCUGCGAAGUCGCUUUACGGCCAGCACAAGUACACCCAAAGCAAAACCAAAGUCAAAAUCACAGAAGGAGCAGCAACUGGAGCCAGAACAGGAACAGCAGCAAGCCACACAAUCCUGGCUCGCGGAGCAGCGCUGGAACUGCGAGCCUGAGGUGAUGUGCAUGCUGCAGCACAAAUCGAUUGCCCAGGAGGCAUACAAGAACUUCACCAUCACCACGAGCGCCGUAGCGAAACUGAUGCGUCAGCUCCAACAGCAGGCGCUCCAACUCCAGGCCCAUUUCGAGCGCUGCGAGCGAGUGCUCAGCGGACUGGUGGCCACCACGUUGCCCGAUGCGCUGGUGGGCGCCACACAACUAUUAUCGCAUCUAGACGAAUUCACCUGUGUGCUGGAGCGUCGCGGUGUCUUCUUCAAUGAUGCACGCGUGGAACGGCGACGAUACGAACAGCAUCUGGAGCAGAUACGCACGGUGAGCAAGGAUACGCGUUACUCGCUGGAGCGACAGCAUUAUAUCAAUCUCGAAUCGCUGCUGGACGAUGUGUGUCUGCUCAAGCGACAUACUCUAAUCACAAUACGUCUGAUCUUCGAGCGACUCGCACGCAUUCUGGUGCUGAGCAUCGAGCAGAGCAGAUGUGAUUUGUUGUUGCGUGCAAAUAUCAACAUGGUGGCAACCCUAAUGAAUAUCGAUUAUGAUGGCUUCGCCUCCCUCUCCGAUGCCUUUGUGCAGAACGAGGCGGUGCGUGCUCUGCUCCUCAUCGUCUUGGAUCACAAGUUGAGCUCGGUGCGUGCUCUCGCCUUGCGUGCCCUGGCCACACUCUGCUGUGCCCCCCAAGCCAUCGCCCAGCUGGGCAACUGUGGCGGCAUUGACAUCGUACGCGAUAUACUGCAGACCACAGGUGGCGGCCACGAGCGUGGCGCCAUUGAGCGACGUGAGGCGGUCUCACUGCUGGCCCAGAUCACGGCCAGUUGGCAUGGACCCGAGCAUCGUGUGGCCGGCCUAAGGGCCUGUGCAGAGUCACUGGUUGCCGGCCUGGCGGCACUGCUGCAGCCGGAGUGCUGCGAACAGACGCUGCUGCUGUGCGCCGCAGCAUUGAAUAAUCUCAGUCGGAUGGAGGUCACCUCCCACUACUCCAUCAUGUCCAAUGAGGCUAUCUUUAAGCUGAUUUCCACGCUCCAGCAUCAGACUGGCGGCAUCAGCGUUUUUCUCUAUGAGCAAAUCGUUGGGAUGCUGCAGAACAUGUCGCUGAACAAGAAGUGCCAUAGCCACUUGGCCAAUGGCAUCAUCAUAAAUUUCAUCACGUCCGUUUACCAAACGGAAUUCUACAGGACCUACGACACACGUGCCGAAUGCGAUGCCCAGCGGCGCAGUAUUAAGUCGAUACUCUACACGCUCACCCGCUUGGUGCAGGACUCGCACACGCUCGCCGGCGAGCUGCUCGAGCAGUGGCGUCUGCCGGAUCUGCUGCGACAGUCGCUGGCUGCUGGAGCCGCUCAGCCAGCUCGGAGCGCUUCCCAGUUGGAUCAGAGCUGCAACGCUGGCCACGGCGGCGACAUUUCGCAUCUGGCUCGACAAUUGCUGCUGGCACAUCAGCAGGAGCAUCUGCUGCUAACCACUGGCGGAGGCGCAGCAGCAUUCAGUAGCAGCCACCAGACGCCCGAGGCUCAAGCUAGUAGAACAUCGAGAAUGUCGUCGUCGUCGUCGUCGUCGUCGUCCUCACUGCUGCCGGCAACAUCGUUGAAAUUCAAUUUAACACGUCAGGAGAGUUUUGUCUAGUUUUUCGGGGAGAGGGGUGGCGCUCAACAUCGCCACCGACCACCCAUCACUACCACCUGAGUGGCUAGUCCUGGGCACGUCCCGUUGGACCCGGACGUGCGUCAAGUGUUAUUACUUGUCUGGUCACUGCGUGACUCGUUUUGUCCUGCUUACUUCCUGCUAUCUGUUUUCCUUUGCUUGUCAAAUGUAAACGAAGUAAUUUUUAUAUUUUCGACCAAGCAAAAGACCAACAAAAUAGAAAAGAAGAAGAAGAAAACAAGGCAAGAGGAAAAUAAAUAUAUUUUGUUUGUUAUUUCUCAGUGCUUUCGCAUUUCUGUGCUUGCAACAAAAAUGCUUGAAAAGUGCAUCGUCUCAUCUGCUCUCUCUCUCUCUCUCUCUCUCUCUCUGUUCCUCUCUCUCUCUCUGUGUGUGUAUUAUUACGUAUUCAUUAUGCAUUUCAAGUUGAUUGUAAAUAUUUUCAUACGGCUGGCAAAUACGAAAUACCAAAAUUUAUAAUUCUUAGUCGCUUUUGUGCCAAAUAUAAAGUUGUAUAUUAUGUUCGUACUUAAAGCAAUUAUAUUGUACAGUUAUUUAUAUAAUACUCAUAUGAGUAUUGUAGAAUAUUAAAAUGUAAGCCAUCAUUUAAAUAAAGUAUUAAAAAUAUUUUC